AUGAAUAGUCUGCUGAUAGCAUGUCUACUGCCAAUGCUGGCAGUGGAAGUACCUCCAACGACAGCGGCGGUACCUCAAAAACACGCAGUUGCUGUCCGUGGUCUACUAUUGUGUGGUAAGCAACCGGCGGAUAAUGUCAGAGUACGAUUGUUCCGUGCGAAGCAGAAUAAGAAGGAUGAUUUGAAUCAGGUACUUGAUGAGAAGGUAACAACCAAACCAGGGACAUUUCUGCUCGAGGGUAAUACGAACGGCUUCCCGUUAAACGAGACAAAUAUGGAGCCAGUAGUGUCAUUCUAUCAUACAUGUGAUGAUGACGCUAAGAAUGUCAACAAGGUCGGCUAUACACUGAAAAUUCCCUGCCAUGUUUUGACUCGAACAGUCAAAUAG